UGGCGAGUUUAACAAACAUAGAAAACACGUUAAAUGAAUACAAAAAAUGGAAGGCUCGAGUAAAGCUUCAAAACAUGGCUCUUUUCCAACAUCACGAAUCAGAAUGAUUAUGAGAAGUUCUCCCGAUGUUACUAGCAUCAGUCCUGAUUCAGUUACUCUUAUAUCCAAAGCAGCAGAACUCUUUGUGACUUAUCUGGCUCAGCAAGCUCAUCAUCGAAAUGAAGACAAAACCGAGAUUGAUUAUGAUGAUCUGGCAGAAAUUGUUAACACACAAGAUCAUUUGGAAUUCCUUCUUGACAUAAUUCCAAGAAAGAUUAAAAUUGCUGAAUAUUUAGAGAUUUUGAAAAAAGUUGAAAAGGAAGAAGAAGAGAGAGAAGAAAUUGAUAUUUAAAUACCAAUUUACAAAUUAUAAAUAUUUUUCUAGUGUUUUUUUAGUUUCAUUUUAUUUUUACACAAAAUGAUGUAAUACUAUUGUAUCACUAUAUAUAACUAAUAAAAAUUUCCCCUCUUGUA